AUGUUGUUUGCAUUAUUUUUCAUUUCGCUAUUCUUGCCAAUUUGGGCGUUUGACCCAACUUCUAACUCAAACGUUGCCGUUUACUGGGGUCAAAACUCUGGUGGUAAUCAACAAAGAUUAAGCUACUAUUGUGACUCUUCAGCUAUCGAUAUAGUUAUUGUUUCAUUUAUGCAUGUUUUCCCUGACCCUAUUCAAUUGAACUUUGCUAAUGCUUGCGAAGGUACAUAUACAUCAGACAAUAUUUUGAAGUGUGAAAAUAUUCAAGAAGACAUCAAAUAUUGUCAAUCAAAAGGUAAGAUCAUUUUACUUUCAAUUGGUGGUGCUGCUGGCUCUUAUGGUUUUACGUCCGAUAUUGAGGCUAGAAGUUUUGCCCAUACUGUAUGGGACUUAUUUGGUAAUUCUCAAACGUUGGAUCUUUCUGACAGACCCUUUGGUGAUGCUGUUAUUGAUGGGUUCGAUUUCGAUAUUGAAAAUAAUUCUCCAACUGGGUACCCAGCAAUGGCAGACGAGUUGAGAACUAUUUUUGCAACCGAUACCACCAGAGAUUACUAUUUGGGAGCUGCUCCUCAAUGUCCAUACCCUGAUGCAUCUGUUGGUUUGCUUUUGCAGCAAUCAUAUAUUGAUUUUGUGUUUAUUCAAUUCUACAAUAAUUAUUGUAAUUUAGGUUCCACAUCCUUUAAUUGGAACGACUGGUUGAAUUAUGCCGAGAAUGUUAGUCCUAACAAAAAUGUCAAGUUAUUCGUUGGUGUUCCAGGUGCAGUUAGAGCUGCUGGCUCAGGAUAUAAUAAUCCUUCAGUUAUUGAAUCUUCGUUAUCAGAGGAUGUUUUAACUAGUAAGUAUUUCGGUGGUAUUUCAUUAUGGGAUGUUUCUGCUGGUUGGGACAAUGUAUUUGAAAGUACUAAUUUCGUGCAAAGCGUAAAGCAAAUUGUAGAAAAUGCUGAUGCCCCGGUUUCCAUCGAAGCCCAGGAUAAAGCAGAAAGUUCCAGCACCACAUCCACUACUACAGUCACUGUUACUUCAACAACUUCUACAAGUGAUUCUACCACCGAAGCUACCUUAUUAACCAGUUCAAUUUUGGACCCAACAACUUUAAGCACCAGCUAUAUAAGCAGUGUUAGCUCUUCAGAAGAGUCAUCUGACUCAGUAGAGGAGACAGAUGGUAUUACAAGUCUGGAAGAACCUAGCAGCUUCUCAACAGAAGAGGCAGAUGAAACAACUAAUACGCAAGAGGCUACUUCUUCAGAAUUAAGCUCUAGCUCUACAGACGAAGAAACCAUUGAAACCUUCUCGACAGAAGCUUCUUCACAAGCUUCCUCAACAGAGACCGCCAGCGAAGAAGCUUCUACACUGUUUACAGGAUCUUCCCUAGAUACCCAAAUACCUUCAGAAACAUUGAUUCAAAGUUCAUCAUUACCUACAACACUGUCAUCCUCAUACCCAACUGCAAUUACCACAGCGACACCAAACAUUUUCACUAGUUAUGUUUAUUUCCCUUCUACGUUUACUACAAUUACCACACAUUAUGAAUUACUCACUACUAUAACAUACUUUCAGACCAUAUACGGUUCUCCUAGAACCACCUCUGUGGUUGUAUAG